CCCGCGCCUCGUUAGUGAGGUAGCAGGUUCGCCACGACAGUAUCAGUGAAGAGCACGGCAGAUUACAACAAAACCUGUUCGGACCAGCGCUUAUGAAGAUAUGAAGUGAAACACAAAAAAGUGGACCACUUGGACGGGUUUAAAAACCUUCCUUCGUCAACUUUAGCCACCCAUUUUGUCUUCGCAAUGUAAAAAGAUUUCUUUCACACACUGAACUAAAGUGAUUGAGAAAGGAUAAUUAAACAGAGGAGCAGAGUAGCGGAGCAGUUCAUCUCUUACUACAGCCACGGUCAAGUGACCUCAGCCAUGGAUUGCUUCACUCCCAGAUCUUUCUGGAACCUUCUACUUGCCCUGAUUGUUGCAUUUGUGCCUGGCUCAACAGGGGCACCACAGGGUUGCGGCUCCAACGUGAGCGCUAUCUACUAUAACCUGUGUGAUCUUGGUUUAGUUUGGGGCAUCGUUUUGGAGGCAUUCGCCACAGCUGGAGUGUUGGUAAGCCUCAUACUGCUGAUGGUUGUCCUUGCCAGCCUGCCAUUUAUGUCAGACGACAGGCGGCGCAGGUCAGUACCACUGGACAUUGGCUUACUUGUGGGCACUCUGGGCCUCUUUGGGCUGGCAUUUGCCUUCAUUGUGGGCCAGGACUUUGCCACAUGUACCUCACGCCGCUUCCUGUUUGGCGUGUUGUUUGCUGCCUGCUUCUCCUGCCUUCUUAUGAAAGCCAUAAAUCUCAACAUCCUGUCCAGGUACAACAAGGCACCCCGAGCCUGGGCACUAUGCCUUGGAGCCUUGGCGCUUUGGUUGGUCGAAGUGAUCAUCAACACAGAAUGGUUGAUUAUCACCAUGGUCCGCCAGCCCAUUAACGUCACCUCUGGACCAACUGUGCCAUGCUUAAUUGCCAACAAAGACUUUGUAAUGGCUCUUAUUUAUGUUAUGGUCCUACUGGUGGCUUUCAUUGUGGCAUCAAUACCUAUCCUGUUCGGGGAACACCAGCGCUGGCACAAGGACGGAGUCUUCAUCCUGCUCACUGGAAUGUUCUCCCUCGGCAUUUGGGUUGCAUGGAUAGUCAUGUACACGUACGGCAACGGCAAGCACGGCAGCCCCGCGUGGAACGACCCGACCCUCACUAUAGCACUGGUGGCCAAUGCCUGGGUUUUCCUGCUCCUUUACACAGUGCCCGAGCUGUGCCAUGUGACCGACAAUACAGACGAGGUAUCAUCACUCCCCACAGAUGUCUAUUCAAACCAUGGCAUAGGGUACGAGAACAUCCUGAAAGAGCAAGGCACACAGAGCAUGUUUAUGGAAAAUAAGGCCUUCUCUAUGGACGAACCCAAAACAGGUAACAAGCCAUUGUCUCCAUAUAGUGGCUAUAACGGACAGAUGCGUAGCUCCGUGUACCAGCCCACAGAGCUCGCAAUUAUCACCAAAGGAGUGACGAAUCUCCAGGUGGACCAUUCUUAUGAUACUUCAAUCCCACGAGCUUCUCUCGUCUCUCAACCCAGUCAGAGCGGCAACAUCAGCCCGAACCUGUCCGACAUCGGACGGCGACCCGUCACUAACGGUAAUGGCCUGCAGUGGAAAUCACAGUGGUGAAUCUAGCCAAGACUUCCUGCUCUGGGUGCCUUACCCUGUUCUUUCUUUCUUUCUUUUUUUUUUUUUUAAACAACAAAGUUUCAUUAUGUUUUUACCUUGGCCAUGGACCGUAGAAGCUUCACCAUGGAAUGGCUAGGUAUCCAUUUGCCCAUUAGAGACAAUAUAUGGGCAUUUUGUCCACAGUGAACCUGAAUAAGAAAUUCAGCCCAGGAGGUGAGACUGUAGAGUUGGAUGUAGGACUGAUCAUGGAGACUGUUCAUGUAUUACCCAGUGACUGUCUUUGCUACUCCAGUACUAUGCAUUUACCGAAGAAACGUGCGCAUGAUGAAUGGUACUUCACUUUGAUUCGUAAUAAUGUGAAAUACUCAGCCUGUUACUGGCUUCAUACACUCAGAAAAGAAAAUAGCUGUAGCUUUGCUUGUUAUUGGGGUGGUAUCCACAAGAGUACAUCUCAAACUGACUUUUUAACAUAAUGGACUGUAAGUUCUUAAACUACUAAACAUACUACUCUAGUGCACAGUUUAAUACCUUUUUUUUGUGAGACUGUAUGUCUGAAAUUGUUCAUCCAUCUACAUACCCAGAAAAAGGUACUAAACUGUCCAUUUCAUGGUACACACUUUUGUAUGCAUGAAUAUAAAUUCUGUGUACUGUUAAUACGUAUCUUUUAUCUUGUAUAGCUCAAAUAAGGUACGUCAUUGGACCUUUCGGAUCACCGUCGUGUGUUGAUUUGUAUCUUUAUCAUACCUUUUUUUGUUUUUCCUGACAGUGAAGCUUACAGCAGCAUUUCUGUGCAGUAGGUAUGUUAUGAUUGCGAUCAUUUUAAUAGUGCCUAAUUGAAUCAAUGUUGUAUUGUAAAGGUUUAAAGCUAAAAUGUGUUCAGUAUUGCAACACAUUACUCGAAGAAGAUUUCUCCAAUGAUUGUAAUACCACCAGGCGAUUAAACUGGACUGAAUAAGAAA